CUUGAGGUCUUCCAGUUGUUGCGCACCGCAAGUCAACGAACAGGAAAUCGCCUAUUUGAAGCCAACAUGGAAUCAUCUGUAGCAAAGAGACGGAAACUGGGCCAUUCAGGAGUAUUCCCCUUUCCCAAUGGUACCUCGAGCUCAUCGGGAGCCAGCGCCUUUGUGGAAGCCGCAGGGGAACUUCUAAAAGAUGUGAAGCUGGACUACGCCAAAACCUUCGAUGGUGUUGACGAAAUCCUACGCCAGUUCAAAGAUACCAUUGAGGCUAUAGAGCCCCACGAGUCCCUGCCUAUUGGUGAUGCUUCGACCAAAUUCGAAAAGGCGAACCGGAUACCCAUCCCCUACCCUAGUCCUCGGCCAAACAAGAACUCGAAUUACAAACUGUCGAUUGCGAAACCAGCACAGGUCAAUGUCGUCGGUAGCUACCAAUUAAAGACUAUGAUCAAGUCCCAGACCGGACUGGCCAUCGACAUGAUUGUGGUGAUGCCAGCACAAUUGUUUCAAGACAAGGAUUACCUGAAUUGCCGUUACUUCUAUAAGAGGUCAUAUUAUCUGGCCAAUAUUGCCGCCUGCAUGCGGAAGUCGUUUGGCACUACCAUGGAAUUUACAUUCGAAGGAUUGCAUGGAAACAAUCUGCUUCCGGUCCUCGUGGCACGGCCAAAGGGAGAAGCCAGUUACGCAAUUCGAGUUAUACCCUGCGCGCCAGAGGACAUCUUCCCUUCCGCAAAGCUGCUGCCAACCACCAAUGCGGUUCGACAAGGCGCGGAUGCCGAAUCCAAAAGUGCUCCCAAACCCACCCCUUUCUACAAUGCCACGCUGAGGGCGGAAAGUCAAUACACAGCGUACCUACGCUUGCUUAACAGCACUGCGAAGUCUUGUGGUGCGUUCAAGGAUGCAUGCAUCCUGGGUCGAAUAUGGCUUCAACAGAGAGGUUUCGGGGGCAGCAUAUCUGAAGGCGGGUUUGGCCACUUCGAGUUUGCUGUUCUUGUGGCACUUCUCUUGCAAGGCGGUAGUCGCAAGGGCGAGCCUGUAUUGUCGCCUUCCCUCAAUAGCACCCAACUUUUCAAAGCUACUGUUCAGUUCCUAGCGGGUACCAAUUUCCAAAAGAAGCACCUGCUCAUCAUUGGACCCCUUCCUUCCGACCCGAGUACAAUCCGGCAGAACAACCCAACCCUGUAUGAUUCGGCCCGUGAGCUGAACAUAUUGUGGAAGAUGGCACCUUGGUCUGCUAACCUCCUUCAACAGCAAGCUAAAUGGUCUCUUAAUGCGUCCAAGGAUAACACCUUUGACCAAUUUGACUCGGAAUUCAUCGUCAAAGUCGACCAGCCUUUGCAGAUGUAUGAUCUCUUGCUGAAAGUGGAGCUACCUUCUACUACAGAAUUUCUCGACAUGUCAAACUAUCGCGGGCUUGGUUGGGACUUCAGCGAGAAACUCUACCAAGUCUUGAAGAAGGCUCUGGGCGAUCGGGUUGAACUCGUGAGCAUUACCAUGCCUAAGUCGACAGCACUGCCAAUUUCGGCAUCGAAAACAACGACGCCAACCUCUAGCAGUCUGUUAGUCGGAUUGAUACUCAAGCCUGAAACAGUGAAUCGAAGGAUAGAUCAUGGGCCAUCGGCUGAAGAAAAGGAGGAAUCAUCCAGAUUCCGUAACUUCUGGGGUGAUGAGAAAGCCGAGUUGCGGCGUUUCCAAGACGGUAGUAUACUCGAGUGUCUAGAAUGGGAAAAGGAUUCGACAGUCAGCAUUCCCGAGCAAAUUAUUCGGUAUAUCAGCAAAAGACAUUUGAAAAUCAAUGACGAUUCCUUGGAAUUUUACGCAGAUGACUUUGCGCCAAUCGCUCGCAUAGGAUCUUCUGACGCUCAGAACUUUCUUGCGGCAAGAAGGGCAUUGGAGUCGUUGGAACGAGAGAUUCGGGACUUGCGAGACCUACCCCUUCAUGUCAGGCAGAUUGUUGGCACUUGCCCCGAACUCAGAUACACUUCUUCACAACCGCCCCUUACAGCCAAGGGUCCACCACAGCCGAUGGAUAUUGUCAUUUCCUUUGAAGCCUCGGGGAAAUGGGCAGAUAACCUUGCAGCGAUCCAAAGACUCAAGAUUGCAUUUCUACUUAAGAUUGGGAGCUCUUUGGAAGAGUCGAACGAGUCGAUCAAGACGCAUCUUGGGCUGGAUAAUGCAGACCGGGACACCCAAAAUCUGGCUUUCCUUGACAUUGUCUAUGACACAGGAUUCGCGUUCCGACUGCGGGUGCAGAGCGAUGCCGAGGAGAACGAACUGGAAAAGGUAAUCAAAGACAAAACCCGCGAACGUCACGUUCAGGCAGAGGCGGCCGAGCUUCUUGCCAUCUCAACGAGACUCUACACAUACCUGCCCCUGCACAACCAGGCAGUCGCGACAUAUUGCAUGCGGUUUGCAACUCUCUCCGCAUCGAUCCGGUUGGUCAAACAUUGGUUCAACUCACACAAGUUGUCUUGUCAUUUCAACGAAGAGCUUGUAGAACUGUUUGUUCUCCAAGCAUUCCUCAAGUCGUACCCGUGGCAGACACCUUCGAGUGCGUCGACCGGAUUUCUGCGAACUUUACAUUUGCUGUCCAGGUGGGAAUGGAACGAAGAGCCUAUGAUCGUCGAUACUUCGGAUUCUUUGGAGCCCAUGACUUCUUCAGAUCGCUCGGCUAUCCUCGCCCGCUACAACGAAUGUCGCCGACUCGACCCCCGACUGAAUCGAAAUGUUCUGUUCGUUGCCACAUCCUAUGCCCAAAGCGGUACCGUCUUCACAGGGCAAGGUCCGUCCCGGGUUGUUGCGAAUCAAAUGACAAAAUUAGCAAGAGCUGCUUGCGAACUUGUCAAGGCGAAGGGGGCUGAGCUUGAUCCUCGAUCCUUGUUCCAGUCCUCUCUGAGACACUACGAUGUUGUCAUCCGCCUAGAUCCGAAGGUUGUGAAAGCGCUUCUACGGGAUGAUGGCAUCAAGCACUCGCACUUCAAGAACUUGGAUCCGCAAACUGGCAGGCCUUCUCUACCUCUGGCUGAACGUCCGGUGAAGGCCUUGUUGAGGCAACUCAAUGCAAUGUACUCGCCGGCUUUGGUGUUUUUCCAUGGCGGCAAAGAUGACCCUGUUAUUGCGGGGCUUUGGAACCAAGAACUUGCGAGUCAUCCGAGGACUUCAAGGGUCAACUUGCCUUGCUCUUUUAAACCUAUAAAAGGCGACGACGCAUCGCUUGAGCUUGAUAGGCAAGCUAUGUUGGCAGAAAUCGCGAGGAUUGGUGGGGAUUUGAUAGAGGAGAUUGACGUGAAGGAUGGCAACUAAAAUGCACUUGUCAGGUUAUAGCAGAUAAUAUAUGCAUCUCAAUCUAUAGGAUACCCUUGAGCUCGGAAUUAAAC